AUGUCUACCAAAGCUGUGCCAUCCCACAAUGGCCCACCCCAAAAGUCCACAUUUCCUCCAAAUCAAACACUCUACCUGACCAACCUCCCCGAAAAGAUCCAGAAACGUGACCUCCGCCUCUGCCUCUAUACUCUCUUCGCAACCUAUGGUCCGGUCCUUGAUGUCGUCGCUCUUCGGAAUAACAAGAUGCGAGGCCAGGCGCAUGUUGCUUUUCGAGAUGUGCAGGCGAGUACGCAAGCGAUGAGAGCGCUACAGGGGUUUGAUUUCUUUGGGAAGGAGAUCAAGAUACAGUAUGCGAAGGGGAAAUCAGACACGAUAGCGAAGCUGGAUGGCACAUAUCGUAUGCCCGUUGCGGUGGGGAUCGACAUUACGACGACGGAGCUGCAGCAGUCCAUAUUCGGUGCUCCACCCUCGUCACUCCCAGCACCUGUGCCUUCUGCAUCUAGUGCCAACGUUACCGAAGCGUCGAUUGACAAGGGGAAGGUGGACGUUGAUGGAGAAGAGGACGGACGGAAGGGAGUGAAGAGAGGAAGGGAGGAUGAAAGUGAUGACGAGGGGGCGCCUAUGGAAGAAGACAGUGAUGCCCCUAUGGAGGCUUCUGAUGAGGAUGAUGAAUGA